AUGGACGCGAUGCAUCUGCAUUCCUCGAUUCGGAGCUGUCACAGGAACCAGGACUGGCGAAAAGCUCUUCAUCUUCUGCAGACCCUGCAGCCUCGAAGACUUCUAGAAGAGGUGUCCGUUUGCGCAGCGAUGAGCAUGUGCACCAGGGCCAGCUACUGGUCAGCGAGCCUGGCCCUUUUUGCUGGCUUGGUUUUCCACCUGGAUCCGGACCCAGUCACCUUCAGCGCUGCCCUGGCUGCUUGCAGCAGCGGGUCUCAAUGGACAACCGCUAUUUUGCUGCUUCAUGAGAUGGCAGAGAUCGCCGUGCAAGCUGAUGCCAUCUGCUUCAACUCUGCCAUCAGUGCUUGUGAGACUGUGUGGCAAGUUGCACUCUGGCUGCUGCGCAGCAUCACCGUCACGGAAGUGAGGCCCAAUUGCAUCACCUUCAGUGCCUGCAUCAACGCGUGCCCGUGGACGAUUGCCAUGCACCUGUUCGAUCAAAUGCGGAGCCACAGCAUCCAAUCUAACGCCGUCACACUCAACACUGUCAUGAAGGCCUGUGCAUCACAGUGGCAGAUCGUCUUAGAAGUCAUGGCGCUCUUCCCCGAUAUGGCGCUUCGUUCAGACAUGGUCACUUACAGCACAGCCAUCAGCGCCUGUGAGAAGGCCGCGAGGUGGCAGCAUGCAGCGGUGCUGUUGCAAGAAAUGCUGGCCAGCCGCGUCGAGGCCAACGUGGUGUGUUACAACGCAGCCAUCAGCGCAUUCGGUGCAGGAGGCCGCUGGGAGCUAUCACUCCAGCAUUGCCGCGAGCUGCUGGCCGCAUCACUGCCUGACCAGGUGAGCUGCGGUGCCGUGAUGGAUGCAGCUGCCAAGGGAGGUCGCUGGGAUUGGACCCUCACUGUUCUCUCAUCGAUGGGAAGGUGGAGGCUUGCACCAGACAUCUUCAACUACAACAUUGCCAUUUCAGAGGCAUCCCACUGGGAGCAGUCACUGCAGCUGCAAGGAUGCCGCGAGUCAGGGAGAGCACCGAACAGGAUAACCUACUCCAAUGCGCUGACAACUCUCGCAGCGUAUGGGUGUUGGAAGUUCGCCCUCUGCAUGAGCCGGCGCAUGCAGGCCGACCGCUGCCACAGCGAGAUUGCGUACGGUGCAGCACUCAAUGCCUGCGAGAAAGGCCUUCAAUGGCGAGCUUCGUUGAUGAUGCUGCGAUGGAUAGCGCAGCAAGGCAUGGAGACGAACGAGAUCUGCUACAGGGCAGUCAUCAGCGCAUCGGAGAACGAAGACCAGUGGCCUGUGGCACUCCUUCUGUUGCUGGAUCCUUCGACUCCAGCCGGUGGAGCUGUGAGCUCUGUCGGCUUCUCGGGCAGCGCACUCUCCGCUUCGGAGGCGGUGCAAGCAUCCUGGAGGUCGAGCCGGAUCCAACGACACGGCGGCGAGCUGCGGAUUCUUCCUGAGCUCUCCGAGGACCAGCUCCAGCGCCUCAGCCUGCAGGAGCUCAGCAUCCUUGCAUGGUCGAUGGCCUCCUCGGGAGACAUGCGGCGCGCCUGGCAUGCCUUGCUCCGAGAGGUCCAAGCUCGGCUGCAGAGCGGAGAGGAGCGGCGGCUGCCGCUGCGGGCGCUGGCGACCUUGUCCUGGUCUUUUGCCUCGGCGCCGUUGAGCUCGCAAGCCUCGCUUUGCGAGGUUCUCCCUGUGUUGCAAAGGGAGCUUGCCAGCCGGGUGACCGUCCUCAAAGGCAGAGAGGCAAUCAGCUCCAGCACCGACAUGUUGGAAGUGCUUUGGGCCUCAAGCUUCGUGGGCUGCCUACAGCCACGCUACCUCCCCGCUGUUUGGAAUGCCCUCCAGCGUGUGGCACGCGCCCUUGAUAGCACAGCCCACUUGCCCCCGCCGGCCUCGACAUCACCUGGACGCCUUGACCCACUGGCUCCGGAGCUGCAGUUGCCUCGAGUCGUUCUUCAACUUCCGGACCGGCUGGUGGUGCACAAACCACCUGGAUGGCAGGUCGAUGAGUCUGGGGAUGCUUCCGGUCUGCCCCUUUCCCAGUAUGUACAGAAGCUCUGCAACAAGCCGAUUCACUACGACGAGUCCCACCAGAGAGGCUUCCUGCAUCGUUUGGAUGUGCCAAGCUCCGGGAUGAUCCUCGUCGCCUCCACUUUCUCCGCUUACUACGAUCUUCAGUUUCAACUAUCCGCGGGCAUGUUGAUCCGGGACUAUGCUGUUCAGUCACACGGCUGGUGCGGUGACCGUGGGAUGAUUCGCGCUUCAGUUGCCUGGGCUGAUACCGGUUCCCGAAAGGACUCCCCAAGUCGUGUGAUUGCCGGCGAGAACUCCGAGACACACCUCAAGGUCUUACUGCACUCGAUACACAUGGGACGUGCGCUCUCCUUCAUGGCUAUACGGAUUGGAACCGGGCGAAAACAUCAGAUCCGAGUUCACACCGCUCAUGUGGGUCACGCGACUGUCAGCGAUGGUCUGUACUCCACAGCCGAGACCUACUCUGGUGAUCAGGAUUGUUGCCAGCGGAUAUUUUUGCACCGGUACCAUCUCGCCUUCUGCUCGCAAGCCUUGCACGGAGAAGAGUUCGAGGCCCGUGACGCACUACCGCCGGAUCUGCAGGACUGUCUUCAGGCGGCACAGGAAAAGAAGAGUGACAGGGUAGCAGAAGCCUCUUGUGCUCAGAUCUUCCAUGCACUGCUUGGUCUCAAGACAGUCGCCACCUGGUUUGUCGAGAUGUCCGCUGACGUGCGAAAAUACAGUUGCAGACUGGACGCCGGAGACCAUCCCCGUGCCAUAACUGUGGCACUGAAGAAUCUGGCUGGGUGUGGAGCAGACCUAUCAGACGUGCUGCUUUCUAUGCGCACAGCGACCAUCGAAGCCAAUGUCUACCACUACAACACCGCCAUCUCGACGUGCCAGGGGCCUCUGUGGCAGUCUGCAUUGCACUUGCUGCUCCGAAUGUCGCUGCACCUUGUCCCUGCUGAUGCCGUCAGCCAGAAUGCCGCAAUGGCAGCGGUGGGGCCUCUGUGGCAGCGGAGUGCCAACUUGUUCAGGGACAGCGACAAAGAAGGAGUUGCGUUCAACAGCAUGCUGUCUUCCUUGAGCAAGGUGGGCAACUGGGAGCUGGGACAGAGUGCCUUGAAGGAAAUGCGCUGCAGUCUCGUGCAAGCAGACCAUAUCAGUUUCACCGCCUGCCUUGAUGCCAGCGGCCGAGCAGACCAGUGGAGAAGGUCAUGGUUCCUGCUGAAAGAAUUGCAGACUUCGCUCCGUGCGGACGUGGUAGCCUGGAACUGUGCCAUCUCCAGUGGACGGGCCUGGCAAAGAGCGUUGGAAGUAGUAGCAGCCAUACCAUGGCAUGCACUGCAACCAGACACAGUCAGCUACGAUUCCGCCAUCAGCAGAUGCACCGGCAAGUGGCAGCACGCCUCAAGCCUGAUGGGCUCAUCGGGCCUCCGUGCUUCGCUUGUCACCUACCAUGCGGCCAUGACUGCCUUCGAGGCCCCUGGCUGGUGCUUUGCCCUCAAUUUUCUUCAAGGCAUCGGAAGUGAACGACUGCUGCCGGAGGUUCUGACGUACAACUCUGCUGCCGCUGCCUGUCAAAAGGCACUCCGAUGGCUCCAGGCAUCGGGAGUGUUGAGGAGCAUGUCCGUCUCAGGACUGCAGGGCGACUCUUAUACUUGCAGUGCUGUUCUCGGUGCCUGUCGAGACUCUUGGGCACUGGCCGUUGAACUAGUUUCCGGCAUGUGCCGGAGCGAUCUCCCUCCCAACGCAAUCGUAUUCAAUGCGUUGGCCAGUGCUUGCGGCCUGGCAGGUCAAUGGCAGCUUGCCCUGCGAUCCUUGGAUGCUGUGGGCGACUGCUUUACCUAUGCUGCAGCCAUCAGCGCGUGCGAGAAGGCACAUGAAUGGCAGCGGGCGCUUUGGCUCCUAUACCAGAUGCCGGGAGUGUGCCUCAAGGCGGAUGCCGUCUGCUUCGCGGCCGCCAUCAGCGCCUGUGAGAAGGCCGCGAGGUGGCAGCAUGCAGCGGUGCUGUUGCAAGAAAUGCUGGCCAGCCGCGUCGAGGCCAACGUGGUGUGUUACAACGCAGCCAUCAGCGCAUUCGGUGCAGGAGGCCGCUGGGAGCUAUCACUCCAGCAUUGCCGCGAGCUGCUGGCCGCAUCACUGCCUGACCAGGUGAGCUGCGGUGCCGUGAUGGAUGCAGCUGCCAAGGGAGGUCGCUGGGAUUGGACCCUCACUGUUCUCUCAUCCAUGGGAAGGUGGAGGCUUGCACCAGACAUCUUCAACUACAACAUUGCCAUUUCAGAGGCAUCCCACUGGGAGCAGUCACUGCAGCUGCAAGGAUGCCGCGAGUCAGGGAGAGCACCGAACAGGAUAACCUACUCCAAUGCGCUGACAACUCUCGCAGCGUAUGGGUGUUGGAAGUUCGCCCUCUGCAUGAGCCGGCGCAUGCUGGCCGACCGCUGCCACAGCGAGAUUGCGUACGGUGCAGCACUCAAUGCCUGCGAGAAAGGCCUUCAAUGGCGAGCUUCGUUGAUGAUGCUGCGAUGGAUAGCGCAGCAAGGCAUGGAGACGAACGAGAUCUGCUACAGGGCAGUCAUCAGCGCAUCGGAGAACGAAGACCAGUGGCCUGUGGCACUCCUUCUGUUGCUGGAUCCUUCGACUCCAGCCGGUGGAGCUGUGAGCUCUGUCGGCUUCUCGGGCAGCGCACUCUCCGCUUCGGAGGCGGUGCAAGCAUCCUGGAGGUCGAGCCGGAUCCAACGACACGGCGGCGAGCUGCGGAUUCUUCCUGAGCUCUCCGAGGACCAGCUCCAGCGCCUCAGCCUGCAGGAGCUCAGCAUCCUUGCAUGGUCGAUGGCCUCCUCGGGAGACAUGCGGCGCGCCUGGCAUGCCUUGCUCCGAGAGGUCCAAGCUCGGCUGCAGAGCGGAGAGGAGCGGCGGCUGCCGCUGCGGGCGCUGGCGACCUUGUCCUGGUCUUUUGCCUCGGCGCCGUUGAGCUCGCAAGCCUCGCUUUGCGAGGUUCUCCCUGUGUUGCAAAGGGAGCUUGCCAGCCGGGUGACCGUCCUCAAAGGCAGAGAGGCAAUCAGCUCCAGCACCGACAUGUUGGAAGUGCUUUGGGCCUCAAGCUUCGUGGGCUGCCUACAGCCACGCUACCUCCCCGCUGUUUGGAAUGCCCUCCAGCGUGUGGCACGCGCCCUUGAUAGCACAGCCCACUUGCCCCCGCCGGCCUCGACAUCACCUGGACGCCUUGACCCACUGGCUCCGGAGCUGCAGUUGCCUCGAGUCGUUCUUCAACUUCCGGACCGGCUGGUGGUGCACAAACCACCUGGAUGGCAGGUCGAUGAGUCUGGGGAUGCUUCCGGUCUGCCCCUUUCCCAGUAUGUACAGAAGCUCUGCAACAAGCCGAUUCACUACGACGAGUCCCACCAGAGAGGCUUCCUGCAUCGUUUGGAUGUGCCAAGCUCCGGGAUGAUCCUCGUCGCCUCCACUUUCUCCGCUUACUACGAUCUUCAGUUUCAACUAUCCGCGGGCAUGUUGAUCCGGGACUAUGCUGUUCAGUCACACGGCUGGUGCGGUGACCGUGGGAUGAUUCGCGCUUCAGUUGCCUGGGCUGAUACCGGUUCCCGAAAGGACUCCCCAAGUCGUGUGAUUGCCGGCGAGAACUCCGAGACACACCUCAAGGUCUUACUGCACUCGAUACACAUGGGACGUGCGCUCUCCUUCAUGGCUAUACGGAUUGGAACCGGGCGAAAACAUCAGAUCCGAGUUCACACCGCUCAUGUGGGUCACGCGACUGUCAGCGAUGGUCUGUACUCCACAGCCGAGACCUACUCUUGUGAUCAGGAUUGUUGCCAGCGGAUAUUUUUGCACCGGUACCAUCUCGCCUUCUGCUCGCAAGCCUUGCACGGAGAAGAGUUCGAGGCCCGUGACGCACUACCGCCGGAUCUGCAGGACUGUCUUCAGGCGGCACAGGUGGUGCGGCCCUGCCCCCAAAGGGUAGCAAGGUCAGCGCCAUUCGCCUCCCUGCCACCCUGGCACUUGUGCUCGCAGCUGACCAGGAAAAGAAGAGUGACAGGGUACCAGAAGCAGCUUGUGCUCAGAUCUUCCAUGCACUGCUUGGUCUCAAGACAGUCGGCUCGAGUCUUUGCAUGCCACUUCCAGCUGGGGGGCAUGCCCUGUGCUGACGCAAUGUGCGGAAGCUCAUGUGACGAUUGUGCCACGCGUCUGCAGCGGCCGCCUGGCUAG